AUGGCCACCAGCUUCUCACCGGACACCGGGCUCCUACCCCUGUACUCCCUGUGGACCGAGCGUCUCCUGAGUUCAGAGGUUCAGGCGUUCUGGGUGCGUGGUUUGUGCUUUGGACGUCUCUUCCUGUUCCCGGUGUCCCUGUCGCUGGAGGUGUCUGUGGGGAAGGCUACCACCAUCUACGCUGUCAACGGCACUGAGAUCCUGCUGCCUUGCACUUUUUCCAGCUGCUUUGGCUUUGAGAACCUCCAAUUCUGGUGGUCCUACAAUGGCACUGGCACAUCCAAGACUCUCAUAGAAGGGACUGUAAAGAAUGAGAAGUCUGACCCCAAGGUGAAGGCCAAAAAGGAUGACCGUAUCACUCUGGUGGGCUCUACUAAGGAGAAGGUGAACAACAUUUCCAUUCUAUUGAAGGACUUGGAUUUCAGUGACACUGGCAAAUACACCUGUCGUGUGAAGAACCCCAAGGAGAAAGAUCUUGAGCACCAGGCCACCAUCUUCCUUCAAGUAGUUGACAAAUUGGAGGAAGUGGACAACACAGUGACACUCAUCAUCUUGGCAGUUGUGGGCGGUAUCAUUGGGUCCCUCAUCUUCAUCCUGCUGCUCAAGAAGUUCAUCACCUUCAUCCUCAAGAAGACUCGGGAGAAAAAGAAAGAGUGUCUCGUGAGUUCCUCAGGGAACGACAAUACAGAGAAUGGGUUGCCUGGCUCUAAGGCAGAAGAGAAACCACCCACAAAAGUGUGA